GUGGCAGCUUUCCUUUCUCAUUGCCAAGAUCCCACAGGAGGCUUCGGAGGUGGCCCAUCCCAGCUGUCACAUCUGGCACCCACCUAUGCAGCCGUUUCCGCAUUAGUUUUAGCUGGCUCCGAGACCGCGUACAAGGCGGUCGACCGCUCGACAAUGUACAGCUUUCUCAUGCGAAUGAAGAGUCCCCAGGGCGGCUUCAAGAUGCAUGAUGAAGGAGAGACAGACAUGCGCGGCUGCUACUGCGCGAUUGCCACAGCUUCCAUGCUUCAUCUUCUCACAGAUGAGCUGCUGGAGGGUGUGCCAGAAUACAUUCGCAGAUGUCAGACAUGGGAAGGGGGUAUUGCUGGUGAGGAGGGUUUAGAGGCGCAUGGAGGUUACUCCUACUGCGGGUUGGCUGCGCUCUGCAUUGCAGGUAGAGCUGACGCCUUAGACCUCCAUGCUUUUCUCAAGUGGGCCGUGCACAAGCAGAUGACCCGUGAGGGCGGAUUUCAGGGGCGAGCCAACAAACUGGUGGAUUCUUGUUAUUCCUUCUGGCAGGGUGCCAUCUUUCCGCUGUUGCACGAAGCCUUCCGGCAGAAAGGUGAGGAAGUUGCGUUGCCAGCGGACCACUGCUGGUUCGCUCCACCUCCGUUACAAACCUAUGUCCUGCUUGCAUGUCAGCACCCUAAUGGCGGACUUCGGGACAAACCUGGCAAAUCGGCUGACUUCUACCACACCUGCUAUGCGCUGAGCGGUAUGGCGGUAAGUCAGUACGACGUUGCGGGCGGAACCGCAGUUGUCGGUGACCCUGCAAAUCUGCUGGAGAGAACGGACAUCUACUACAAUGUUACGAUUGAGAAGGCAGAACGCAAGUGUGCCUACUUCAAUUCCUUGCCACCUUUGUCAGUGGAUGGACGGUUGUGGGCUUAA